CGAACCCGAGGAGCGGAGGGAGCGCGGCACCCCACGGAGCACCCGCUUCAACCGCGGGAUUGGUCGCAAGUAGGGAGCGUUCGCCACUACCCCGGGACCCUCUGACUGUGCCGGCGCCGCGGUAAUGUGCAAUUAAACUUGAGAUGAAAGUCAGAUAUUGCGACAGAUUGGUCUUUAACUACUUGUGAAGAAAGAAAACAUAUAUGAGAAAUAACUUCGCAGAUUGGUCUUUAACUACUUGUGAAGAAAGAAAACAUAUAUGAGAAAUAACUGCUGAUUUAGUGGUGGAAAAUCCCAUAAAAAUGGAUAAUUGCAUAUAGAAACUUCACAGCAUGUGAUCUCAAGAGCUGCCCUAAAAGAUUAAAGGCUGUACUCAACUUAAAAGAAGUAUCCAUUCUAUUGACUUGUUAUUGGACUCGAAACUCCUUUGACCUCAGAAACUGAAGAUGAGGUUGUCAUGGGAACUGCUGGUACUGCAAUCAUUCAUGUUGUGCUUGGCAGAUGACCACACACUACAUGGUCCCGUUUUUGUACAAGAGCCAAGUCAUGCAAUGUUCCCUUUGGAUUCAGAGGAGAAAAAAGUGAAGCUUAGUUGUGAAGUUAAAGGGAAUCCAAAGCCACAUAUCAGGUGGAAGUUAAAUGGAACAGAUGUUGACAUUGGUAUGGAUUUCCGCUACAGUGUUGUUGAAGGCAGCUUGCUGAUCAAUAACCCCAAUAAAACCCAAGAUGCUGGAACAUACCAGUGCAUAGCAACAAAUUCCUUUGGAACAAUUGUUAGCAGAGAAGCAAAGCUUCAGUUUGCNNNNCUUGAAAACUUUAAAACCAGGACUCGAAGCACAGUGUCUGUCCGGCAAGGCCAAGGGAUGGUGCUCCUGUGCGGUCCCCCACCCCACGCUGGAGAGCUGAGUUAUGCCUGGAUCUUCAAUGAAUACCCUUCCUAUCAGGAUAAUCGUCGCUUUGUUUCUCAAGAGACUGGAAAUCUGUAUAUUGCCAAAGUAGAGAAAUCAGAUGUUGGGAAUUAUACCUGUGUGGUUACCAACACUAUAACCAAUCACAAGGUUCUGGGGCCGCCCACACCACUAACAUUAAGGAAUGAUGGGGUGAUGGGCGAAUAUGAGCCAAAAAUAGAAGUGCAAUUCCCAGAGACGGUGCCGACUGCCAAAGGAGCGACAGUGAGGCUGGAAUGCUUUGCCUUGGGAAACCCAGUACCAACUAUUGCCUGGCGACGAACAGAUGGAAAGCCGAUAGCAAGGAAAGUCCGAAGACACAAGUCCAACGGGACUCUUGAAAUCCCCAACUUUCAGCAGGAGGAUGCUGGGUCAUAUGAAUGUGUGGCUGAAAACUCACGAGGGAAAAACGUAGCAAAGGGACAGUUGACUUUUUAUGCUCAACCUAAUUGGAUUCAAAAAAUAAAUGAUAUCCACGUGGCCAUGGAAGAAAAUGUCUUUUGGGAAUGCAAAGCAAGUGGAAGGCCCAAGCCUACAUACAGGUGGCUAAAAAAUGGUGAACCACUCUUAACUCGGGGUAGGAUUCAAAUUGAGCAAGGACUGCUCAACAUCACAGUAGUGAGCCUCUCCGAUGCUGGCAUGUAUCAGUGUGUGGCAGAAAAUAAACAUGGAGCUAUCUUUUCCAGCGCUGAGCUCAGUGUUGUAGCUGUGGGUCCAGAUUUUUCAAGAACCCUUUUAAAAAGAGUAACUCUUGUCAAGGUGGGAGGUGAAGUUGUCAUUGAGUGUAAACCUAAAGCUUCUCCAAAACCUGUCUAUACCUGGAAAAAAGGAAGGGACAUAUUAAGAGAAAAUGAAAGAAUUAUCAUUUCAGAAGAUGGAAGGCUCAGAAUCGUGAAUGUCACUAAGUUAGAUGCUGGGAGUUAUACAUGUAUAGCCACGAAUCAUUUUGGAACCGCUAGCAGUACUGGAAACUUGGUGGUAAAAGAUCCAACAAAGGUAAUGGUACCCCCUUCCAGUAUGGAUGUCAUGGUUGGAGAAAGCAUUGUUCUUCCAUGCCAGGUAACUCAUGACCCCUCACUAGACAUCAUGUUCACCUGGACGUUCAAUGGAUACCUGAUAGACUUUGACAAAGAUGGAGACCACUUUGAACGAGUCGGAGGGGAUUCAGCUGGUGAUUUGAUGAUCCGAAACAUCCAGCUGAAGCAUGCUGGGAACUAUGUCUGUCUGGUACAAACAAGUGUGGACAAGCUAUCGGCUGCUGCAGACCUGAUUGUAAGAGGUCCCCCAGGUCCCCCAGAGGCUGUGACCAUAGAUGAAAUCACGGACACAACUGCUCAGCUCUCCUGGAGACCUGGGCCUGACAGCCACAGCCCCAUCACCAUGUAUGUCAUCCAAGCCAGGACUCCGUUCUCUGUGGGCUGGCAAGCAGUCAAGACAGUUCCAGAACUCAUUGAUGGAAAGACGUUCACAGCGACUGUGGUGGGCUUGAACCCGUGGGUGGAAUACGAAUUCCGCACAGUUGCAGCCAAUGUGAUUGGGAUUGGGGAACCAAGCCGGCCCUCAGAGAAACGGAGGACAGAAGAGGCCCUCCCUGAAGUCACCCCAGCUAACGUCAGUGGUGGUGGAGGCAGCAAAUCUGAGCUCGUUAUAACCUGGGAGACGGUCCCUGAGGAAUUACAGAAUGGUGGCGGUUUUGGGUAUGUGGUGGCCUUCCGGCCCCAUGGCAAAAAGAGCUGGAUGAAGACCGUGAUGGCCUCAGUGGACGCCUGCAGAUACGUGUUCCGGAAUGAGAGCCUGGCCCCGUUCUCUCCCUUUGAGGUUAAAGUGGGUGUCUUCAACAAUAAAGGAGAGGGUGCAUUCAGCCCGAUCACAACUGUGUAUUCUGCAGAAGAAGAACCCACCAAACCACCACCCAGCCUCUUUGCCAGAAGCCUUUCUGCAACAGACAUUGAAGUAUUCUGGGCCUCGCCCCUGGAGAAGAAUAUAGGGCGGAUACAAGGUUAUGAGGUUAAAUAUUGGAGACAUGAUGAUAAGGAAGAAAAUGCUAGAAAAAUACAAACAAUUGGAAAUCAUACAUCGACAAAGAUCACCAACUUAAAAGGCAGCACACUGUACCAUUUAGCUGUCAAAGCGUACAAUUCCGCCGGCGCUGGGCCCUCCAGUCCACCUGUCAAUGUGACAACUAGAAAGCCACCACCAAGUCAACCCCCCGGAAACAUCAUAUGGAAUUCAUCGGACUCCAAAAUUAUCCUGAAUUGGGAUCAAGUGAAGGCUCUGGAUAAUGAGUCAGAAGUUAAAGGAUACAAAGUCAUGUAUAGAUGGAAUAGACAAAGAAGUACAUCUGUCAUUGAAACAAACAAAACAUCAGUGGAGCUCUCUUUGCCUUUUGAUGAAGAUUAUAUAAUAGAAAUUAAGCCAUUCAGCGAUGGAGGAGAUGGCAGCAGUAGUGAACAGAUUCGAAUCCCAAAGAUAUCAAAUGCCUACGCAAGGGGGUCCGGAGCUUCCACUUCGAAUGCAUGCACACUCUCUGCCAUCAGUACCAUAAUGAUCUCCCUCACAGCGAGGUCCAGUUUAUGACAAAAGUUACCUAAAAGACUUGAUGUUUAUAAUAUAAGCAACGUUUAGCUAGUUGUUUUGAAGACACCCAGUACUAAGUAAUAUUGUUGUUCAAGUACGUCUUAUUACUGGAAAAAAGAUGUUUUUUGCUUCUUUAGGAAUGGCAUUAUACAGUACUUCCUCAAAGCAAAUCUAGCUUUGUUUGAAGUUUCUUUGGAAACUCUGCAAUGCACUGAAAACAUCUGUAAUACGAUGUUACCAAAGCAGUUUACAUAUGUCCUUAUAUGCAUAUUUUUAUUAUAUAUUUAGUGUUUUAUAGAAUUUUUUAAAGUUAACAUAUAAUGUAGAUAUUAUUUUUUUCCCUCUGCUGUAAAGUGCAAUGGGCAAAGCAAUCACACAACUAUUAUUUGAAAAUCUUUCCUUUGAAGACAGAGCUCAAGACUCAUCUUUGGUAAAUAAACAGCAAAUCACUUAUGCAGCUUUCCAAGGCUAGAGAGCAGCAGAAGAGGGAAAGCAAGACUUGGUCUGAAACCCAAGGCUGCUGGAGGUGAAUGACUCCAUUGCUGGUUCAUGCAUUGAAUUAAGUCCUGUUGAUAUGUAAAAUGUUGCCCCGCCCCAUCAUCAACUCCAUUGUUCAACCAAACUCCAGAUGCUUUCCCAAAUGGCUGCAAUCUCAAAAUCAGACUUCCCAAGAGGUAUCUCAUGCAAUACCCCCAUCCCUGAAUUUAGCCUUGUACAGUUAGACUUCCUUUUCAUUCCUGCAAGUUAGCAUCCUCUUUGUAGCACUACCUUUGAUGUUAUAUAUCCUGUAGUAACAUAGACCAAACGUUACUAUAGUCAACCAAGACUUUCAAAGGAUGAAACGGAAUUUUACUAUCUUUAAAUGUAUCUGUUUUGGAUGUACGUUUGAAAAACAAUGGUAAUUCCUGUUGAUGGAUUCAUAAUUUCGCUACAAACUUUCUUAUAUAUGACAUAUAUGUUUAUUAAUAGAACCCAUCUUUUGAAGCAACAUCAUGUACGGAGUUUGGCAAGUUUCUCCUACUGCAGCACAUAGUUGCUGCACAGAUUUUUUUCAGUUGACUCUAUAAAGACUUUAGUACAAUCAUGUGAUGUCUUGACAAUUCUCCUGAUUUUGCAAUAGGUAGCCUAGUUGCUUUGUAAGCUCUACCUUCCACAUCUUACAAAGCACACGUUGGAAGAUGGCAAUAUCCAUAGAACCAUGCUCUUACAGAAAGGACUGUUAUGAAAGGGGAGAUUUUUCUAAGCUGACACUCAUGGAGCAGUUGCCGUAAACGGCAAUGACAUUUUUCUAUAAAAGUUUUCACAUGGAAACAAACACACAUUUUCUUCUUUCCCGAUGAGCUUAAAUUUGCCUGUCAUUUGUCAUUUUUUGCUUACAAACAAGAGAGUUAGCUUUUCAACCUCGGCUCUAGUUAUUCAAUAAAGUCAUAUCAGGAUUCCACUUGUAUGAAAAUUAGGGUGAUAACUGCAAACAAUGAUGUCGGUAUUUCCAGCUGUGUUCCUUUCUUAGUUUGAUAUGGUUACUUCUAUGUUGGAAUAAAAUAACAUUAAAAAUCACACGCAGAAAAAAAAAUUAACAAAAUAAUAAAAUGAAUGAAAAAAAGAAAAGAAACCCCAGGAAGCCCCCAAACCCAGUGUAAAUGAUACUUAUCAGUGAUCUAGCAGAUGUAAUCUUUUAAAAAAGGUAUUGUUAAUAAAUAUUCUGUCAUUUGUAAAGAUUCUUGUCUUGUGGGAGCAUUUUUCCUGCCUGCAUGUCAGGGAAUUUGUUAGUGCACCCUUGAGCUAGUUACCAUUUGGGAUCAUGGAGAGGCUCAGAAGUCUCUGGCCCUGACCCAAAGCUAGUGGACCCAGAACUCUGCCUUAAGAAUUGACACCCUGAAGACAUCAUUUCUUCUUUGAAGUAGAGAAAAUCAGACUCCACAAAUAAAUACCCUAAGGGAAAAACUUUUCUCUUGAUUAGCUACAUUUUUGUGUAUUUACUCUAAGUAUAUCUCUUUGGGCUUUUGUUUUUUGUGUUUGUUUGUUGGUUUCUAUUGGUGGGUUUUUAAGGUUGUUUUUUCCUUACAGCCCUUUCCCUAUUGCUAGAAGAGUAAAAUCUAAACUUGAACAUUAAGGACCAUCUUAAUCCUAAUAGCCACUUAAUUUUGUACCCAGCCUAACUGGCCCCAGAACUUGGCUUCUUUGGUCUCACCUCUGUGCCUUUUGGUCAUGUGGCUGUCUACUCCUGAAAUAUCCUCCCGCUCCUACCCCCACCCCCCUUCUCCUACCCAAAUGCCAGCUAUCCCAGGAUAGCUACAGCCUCUGCUCUCCUAUGAGCACACUCGUUAUUCAGUUCCUGGUGAUGUCCUUUCUCAUCACUAGUUGCAGUCCCUAUUGACAGUCCUCAUCUAGUAAUUGAUCAGGUACUACUUAUGGAAAUCUCUUGUACUGUUAUCUUGCAUUUUUACGUAACUCUUGUAUAUUGUUAUUUAAUUUUCCUUGUAUGUAUUCCUUGUCUUCCCAACUAGAUUGUAAGCUCCUUGAGGGCAGGGACUUUUGUCUAAUCUUCCAUGUAUUCUCGAUAGUGCCCAGCACAGUGCCUUGCAAUAAAUACUCAUUGAUUAAUUGA